CAGGCGGUAACGCAAGUAAAUGCUUCAAAAUGUCAUCCAACAGUGAACAGAACUGCGAGGUGCAGCUGGCGGCCGAGAUAGAGGUGCUGAAGAGUGCGCUGGCCGACAAGCACACGCAGCUGCUGGCAAUGGAAAGUGCCUGUCUGCAGGAGAGCGACCGGCAGGUCGAGCUGGAGGAUAGCAUCAUCGCCUGGCAGGACAAGUACGAGCGGUUGUACGAAUCGCACAAGCGCGUCCAAAAGCUGAACCAAAAUCUGGAGGACAAGCUGCUGAAGCUGGUCGAUCGAAACUCGGGCGAACGGGCGCAGCUGACGAGCGAUGUGGCUACGUUGAGCGUUCGGUUGGCACAGGCCAACUACAACAUCCAGAGCUUGAAGCGGGAAAUUGAACGCUACAAAACCGACAUCAGUGUUGCGAUACAAUUGCUACAGUGUAAACCGGACAGCUUCGUAUCGCCCAAACUUUCCUCGCUGCCGAUCGAAAUACAGUCGAAAGUGGCCACGUACAUGCGCCUCGACACAAACUCACACUCGGACUCGGAGGGUAGCACGAGCGGCGUUGGUAUGGCCACCACUAACUCGUACCACGUGCUGCCUGCCUCUGACAGUCCACCGCCCAUCUGUCCUUUCCCUCCGACCGCCAUGGUCUAUUCCAUGCGAGGGCUUGGUAAGUAUGGUAAUCAGGACGGACAGCCGGGCAGUAAACAGGGCACAGGCAGGGACUCAACCGCACAGCAGGAAGCCACACUAGUCGUACCGCUCGGUGGUAGCGCGCCAGCCAACUCGACCGACAGUCUGCUCGGCGAUAGUCGAUCGCUGGCGCCACCGAACGGCCAGAACGUUGUGUCACCGUCCGUGAUGGCUAAAUUCCUCGAGGAUGAGCUAAAGUCGAGCGACGCACUGCUCGGCACACCGAUCAAACACUGUGAUACGUGCGUAUGCACACACGGCAACAAUCUGCCCGGGACGACUGAGUCCCGGUUGCACGAAUCCGGCUCGCUACUACUAGCCGAUCUGCUCGGCAGCGACCAGAAGUACUACAGUGUCGCAACACAAACGCUCAUCAAGGGUGAGACGAACAACUCGCUGUGUUUGCGGUGCAGCAGCAACCUAAACUCACCGUCCCACAACAACAGUCCGUACAUGAUGAAGCUGAUCAAGUCGAGCGAUAGCGUCAUAUCGGAGACGAAAAGUAGCGUGUCAGACUACCUAACCACACCGGACAAGGUGUCACCGACGGGUGGUGGUGGCGGUGGUGGAGGAGGACCCGGCAGCGGUACGAACGGAUCUGCCCUACCAAACUGUGAUAUCGGUUCCGGUGGUGAUGGCGAUUCGUCCGAACCACUCUCGUUGUUGGUGUCCACGAAGAAGGACGACCUGAUGGUGAAUCCCAUCCUGGGACACCAUCGACUCGUGGCCGAUCGAACCGUUUCCCUCACGUCGAACACAGCCGAUCAACAUCACAAUCAUCCGCAACAGCAGACCCAGCAGCAACACACCAAGCUUGGGGCGAAACUAGCGGCAUCACAGCUGCCUGUUAAGAAACCGGGGCUGCCCGGUGGCGAGAGUUCCUUCAAGCAGUCGGUCAAGCCACCGGUUUGUGGUGGUGCUGGUGUAGGACAAAUGACACCACAGCUCAAUCGUACCACCGAUGGCACGUCAACGGCACAGCAGCAGCCAAAGUUUUCGCACGACUCGCCAUCGUACAUUAUUAAGGACACGGAUCAGAUGAGUGGUAGCCAUGCCACACCCAUCUCGUCCACUGGGAACGGUGCAUUGGGACAGACAGGCAAGUAUGGUACAUCGGCAAGUGGCAGUGUGGGUAGUGGCCUGUACCACACGGUCGGCAGUACCAACAGUCUGUGGAGUAGAACGAGCAGUAAGGAUCCGGAGAAGGAUGGGGCGAAGAUGUUUGAGAUCUUUAAUCGAAAUCUCAUCAAAACCAUCAAGGCUGAAAAUCCAAAAAUGUCCGGUCCACGAAUCUGCGCCUUACGGAUACAGAACGGUUCGAGCAACAUUCUGUUAGACAACCUGGUCGACGAUAGCUUCGAGGGGCUUCACUCCAAGCCACCCACACCGGUCAUGUACACCCGUCGGGCCAAGUUCCUUGAUGAGGAGCUGCUGCUGGACGAUGAUCCUUCGAUCGGGUUGAACGGUGCCAUUAAAACUACUAACCUGCCAACGGCUACGUCUUCCGCUGAUUCCAUACCACCCGCAGGAUUCAACAAAACGAUGGUAACGCCCAACAAAUCGUCCACGACAGGGGGUGGAGCAGGUGGCGGAGGAGCAGGCAGCGGUGCAGUAGUACCGGGUGACGCUGGAACGGAUGGGCAUGGAAAUCUUAUCAGUGGCACUAUCAAUCGUGUCGACGAGGGUGGUGGUGGUGUUGCACAUGAUGGAGGAGUAGACCCAAGUGUCAGCAAGCAGGUGUGCAAUAUGAGCACUACCACAUCACCUCACUCGUCCGAUCGGUUGUGUACGAUCGGUGAGGAGGUCAGCAAUCUGCUGAUCAACACCAAGCUAGGGGCGUCGGGUUUGGCGAAACCUCGGCUCGAUAUUAACGUGAACAAGCUAGAAGGUAUUGAUGUGACGUCGAAGAAAUCUUGCACCCAGUCUAGCUCGAUCUCGAGUGAGAUAGAUAUCCAGGAGAGCGCAAUACUGCGCCGCCAGCAGCUGUCCCGUGUGGCGGAAUGGGUACAGAACAAUUCCAAGCUGGGAAAUGCGGAACCGCUAAGCAACACCGAAUCGGAUAAUGAACCAACGGCCGGUCUCGCGAUAAGCGACAGCUUGAACAAUAAUGCCACCGUGGCGGUUGCUGGCAAGGCUUCCAUCAGACCAUCCGUCCUCGCUGGGAGCGCAAAGGGUGGCAAUGGUGUUGUUGGGGGGUGUGAAAUCAAACAGCCCACGGGUAGUGAUAUGAAGGUGGGUCGUCAUUUGCAUUCUUACGGUACUACUUCGGCCGGUACUACAAAUCUGCUCAACAACAACAAUGGUAUCGGAAUGGCUGGGUACGGAAGCUUACCCUUUGCUCAACAUCACGGUGGCACAAACACAUCCAAACCGGGCACUGGGAUUAAGCAUGGGUACAACAAUAAUCUCAACAGUAGUUUAACCAGCACGGCCGGUCCAUCCGUGCUAGAUUACAAUAGCAAUACGACCACCAACGUCUCCAGUGCUGGGCUGGGUGCAAUCCGCAAGGGUACCACCAUGCUGCGGGACAGUGCGCUUACCGAGUGCCUCAUAGACGAAGCGAACCGGCUGUCGUCGGUGGACCAUUCCGGCCCGGUCGAUCACGACGACGAUGGCGACAGUAGCAGCGUCGAUCUGGCGCAGAUGGAGUACAACGUGAAGCAGUUCUUGUUGAAGCAGAACGAAUGGUCGACCGUGCACACGCGUCGUCAGUCGUUGAUAUCAUCGUCCGCGUCAAGCGUGAAAGGAAAUGGCCGUACGGAGGAUCGACCCGUGCGCGAUCCUUGCAAGGGACUGUUUCCCGGUAUGGCAGUAGCUCAGCAGACAGCUUCCUACCACCAGCUUCACACGGGGGCGGUAGGUAAUACGUCCGCCAGCAAUGCGUACGGCAACAGUCACAAGUACCCGAUCAAUCCACAUCGAACGGAGACAAAUCUGUAA